GGACUUGGGCCGAAGGAUUGAAAAUGAAUGAUCUCUAUUAUUUCUCCGAUUCGAACUGGACUCGGAGCUGAGUAUAAUCCCAAGAAAUUCAAGAGAGAGGAACGCUGUUUAUUUGGAGAGAGAAGAGCGGGGAAUGGGAAGAGCGUUUGUGUACGUGAUACUUGGGGGAGGAGUCGCAGCUGGAUAUGCAGCUCUUGAAUUCGUCAAGAAAGGUGUCUCUCAUGGUGAACUCUGCAUCAUCUCUGAAGAAGCUGUUGUGCCUUAUGAGAGACCUGCAUUAAGCAAAGGUUUUUUACUACCAGAAGAUCCUGCACGCCUCCCUUCAUUUCACACUUGUGUUGGUUCCAAUGAGGAAAGGUUAACUCCAAAAUGGUACAAGGAAAAUGGAAUCGAACUGGUUAUUGGAACUCGAGUGAAGUCUGCUGAUGUGAGGCGGAAGACGUUGUUGACAGCAACAGGAGAAACUAUAAGCUACCAGAUUCUCAUCAUUGCAACAGGUGCUCGGGCUUUGAAGCUUGAGGAGUUUGGAGUGACUGGUUCAGAUGCUGAAAAUGUGUGUUAUUUACGCGAUUUGGCUGAUGCAACGAGGCUCGUCAAUGUGAUGCAAUGCUGUAGUGGUGGAGAUGCUGUUGUCAUCGGUGGUGGCUACAUAGGAAUGGAAUGUGCUGCAUCUUUAGUGAUAAAUAAGAUAAAUGUCACCAUGGUUUUCCCAGAGGCACAUUGCAUGGCUCGUUUAUUUACAUCGAAGAUUGCAAGUUACUAUGAAGACUUUUACAAGUCUAAAGGAGUGAAGUUUAUCAAAGGAACUGUCUUGUCAUCAUUUGAUUUCAACCCUGUUGGGAAGGUUACAGCAGUUAACCUUAGGGAUGGAAGUCGUCUCCCUGCUGAUAUGGUUGUGGUUGGAAUUGGUAUCCGCCCUAACACAAGCCUGUUUGAAGGCCAACUCACGCUUGAGAAGGGAGGAAUCAAAGUGAAUGGGCGGUUGCAGUCAAGCAACAGCUCUGUCUAUGCUGUUGGGGAUGUUGCAACAUUUCCAGUCAAACUUUUUGGGGAAACCCGUAGGCUUGAGCAUGUUGACUCAGCCCGAAAGUCAGCAAAACAUGUUGUUGCUGCAAUAAUGGAACCAGACAAGAUAGGCGAAUUUGACUACCUGCCAUUCUUCUACUCCAGAGUCUUCACACUGUCUUGGCAGUUUUAUGGAGAUGGUGUCGGGGAAGUUGUUCAUUUUGGGGAUUUCUCGGGAAAUACAUUUGGGGCUUACUGGGUAAGUAAGGGUCAUCUUAUCGGAUCUUUUCUUGAAGGAGGAACCAAAGAGGAGUAUGAGGCUAUAGCUAAGGCCACCAGGAUGAUGCCAGCCAUUGAAGACUUGGCUGAGCUGGAAAGGCAGGGUUUGGGGUUUGCUUUGACAGCAAGUCAGAAACCACAACCAUCCCCAUCUCUUGAUGUUAGUUGUGGUACUGGCCUAGUCCUGGAGAAACCAAUAUAUGCUUGGCAUGCAACGGCUGGUGUGGUUGUGGCUGCAUCAAUAGCUGCUUUCGCAUAUUGGUAUGGAAGGAGGCAUCGGAGGUGGUAAGAAAUUGCUGCUGGGCUCUGCAAUUUUUCGAAUCCUUGAUAUUGCUGAUUCAAUACUGCAAUACCAUGUUGUACCAGUUUAGGCUAGUGUAUGGGACAAUACUUGAUCUUACAUGAUAAUUGAAAGCAGAAAAUGGCUCAAAUGUAUUCUUACUUGCCAAAUUAUAUUUCUAUACAGUGCAGGGGACUUGUUCCAAUAAGUAAGUCAUUAGACUUUCUUGUUUUUUUAUAUUUCACUGAUAUGUUGAAAUUUAUUAUGGUCUUAU